GAGAUUUGAGUCUAAUUUUAAAGACAUUCCUUAGCUGCAGUUUGUUGUGACAGCAGUAAGUAAAAGUGAAACUAAACUACAGAUUUAACAGAAAUCAUUACUAAGCUCAGAACAGACAGAGACAGAAUGGCGUCUGGAUCUUCUCCCCUGGAAGAGGAGCUCUCCUGUCCUGUGUGCUCUGAAAUCUUCAGGGAUCCUGUUGUCCUGAGUUGCAGUCACAGCUUCUGUAAGGCCUGUCUGCAGCAGUACAGGGAACAGAAGGGAUCUCAGGAGUGCCCAGUUUGCAGGAGAAGAUCUUCUAAGGAUCACCCUCCUCUCAGCCUGUCUCUGAGGAAUACCUGUGAGGUGUUCUUAAAGGAGAGAAGUCAGAGAGCUAAAGCAGGAUCUGAAGUGCUCUGCAGUCUGCACAGUGAGAAACUCAAACUCUUCUGUUUAGUGGAUCAAAUACCUGUCUGCCUUGUCUGUCAAACUUCAAGAAAACAUGAAAACCACAAACUGCUACCAGUUCAGGAGGCUGCAGAAGAGUAUAAGGAGAAACUCAGGACUGCACUGGCUCCACUGCAGGAGAAGCUAAACGCCUUUAAUGCAGUGAAACUAGACUGUGAUCAAACAGCAGAGCACAUUAAGAACCAGGCCCAGCACACAGAGAGACAGAUAAAGAUGGAGUUUGAGAAACUUAAGCAGUUCCUAAAAGUUGAAGAGGCAGCUAGGAUUGCUGCACUGAGGGAGGAAGAGAAGCAGAAGAGUCAGAUGAUGAAGAAGAAAAUUAAGAAGAUAACAGAAGAGAUAUCAUCCCUUUCAGAACAAAUCAGAGCCAUAGAACAGGAGCUGGGAUCUGAAGACGUCUCAUUCCUGCAGAGCUACAAAGACGUGGAGAAACGAGCCCAGUGCACACUGGCGGAUCCAGAGAAGGUCUCAGGAGCGCUGAUUGAUGUGGCCAAGCACCUGGGCAAUCUGAAGUACAGAGUGUGGGAGAAGAUGCUGGGGACUGUUCAAUACACUCCUGUGACUCUGGACCCAAACACAGCACAUCCCCUCCUCUCACUGUCUGAGGAUCUGACCAGUGUGAGACGCAGUGGUGAGAGACAGCAGGUUCCUGAUAAUCCAGAGAGAUUUUAUAUGGUGUUGUGUGUGCUGGGCUCUGAGGGAUUCAGCUCAGGGAGACACUGCUGGGAUGUAGAAGUGGGGGAUGGAGGUUACUGGGCUGUGGGUGUGGCUAAAGAGUCCAUCAAAAGGAAAGGGGCUGUGGAUUGGAGCCCAGCAGGAGGAGUGUGGGGUAUACGGCUGUUCAAUGGGAAAUACAAAGCCCUGACCUCCCCACAUACAGUCCUCACUGUGCAGAGGGAACCCCAGAGGGUCAGAGUGCAGCUGGACUGGGACAGGGGGGAGGUGUCAUUCUCUGACCCCAGUGACAACACUCCUCUCUACACUUUUAAACACUCCUUCACUGAGAGAGUGUUUCCAUUCUUCCGUCCUGGUUCUCUGCAGAUCUGUCCUCUGAAGGUGUCGGUAAGAGUGGAAUAGUGCUGUGGUUUGUGGGCAAGGAUCAGGUGAACAGACUGCUUCUUUAACUGUUACAA